UGACGUCCGCAAGAACACCAAUACACACAUAUACUCUCUCUCUUCUGCAUUCUCUCUCUAAACAGGGAAGAACACCAAAAAAUAUUUUUUUUUCCCCUCAUAAUUGUCUCCAGAAACGCACAACACAAGUAGUAGUAGUAGAUUCUUCAAGUCCUCUUCAUCUCCACUUUUCAACUUUCAAUUCCCCCUCAAUAUUUUUUACAUAUAAAUAUAUACACGAAUACAUACAUACUGAAAGAACCACAGUACUAUACAUUUACUAACACACACGCAGUGUAUGUGUCUAUGUGCGUGUGGACUAUCAACAAAUUCAUAUGCAGUUUCAGUUGGUUAUAGUGAAGCAGUCAUGAAAUGUGUUGAAGUUUAACAGCCAAGCAUGUCAAAGUUUUUUUUAUUUCGUUUUGUUUAAAGUUCUAGUUGCUUGCUGGUUUGGGUGAUGUUUUAGAAAUCGUAGACUAGUGUGCUAGGUAGAAAGAAAGUUUUGAGGAUUCAUGUUGUUUUAGUUCAUUUAGAAAGAGGAAAAGAAGGCUAUAUUUUUUGUUGGUUGGGUUGGGGAAGAUGGUACCUUCAGGGCAACCUACUCCACUUGCUGGAGCGCAGUCUGUUCCAUCUUCAAUGCUGCGGUCAAAUUCUGUUUUAUUGGGUGGUAGUGGUGGUGGUGGUGGUCAAGGAGGUGGCUCUCAAUCUGGGUUUCCUUCACUUGUGUCACCACGUAAUCAGUUUAAUAAUAACAUGAACAUGAUUGGGAAUGUAUCUUCCCUUCUUCAACAGUCUUAUGGUAAUGGUGGUGGUGGGCCAAAUUCAGGCCCCGGGACUUCCCUAAUAAGAGGCAUAAUUGAUAGUGGGGCAACAGAGUCUGAUCCAUUGUCUAACAUCGGAAAUGGGAUGGGUGGUUUUAAUACGCCUUCCUCCUCAUCCCUUGGUCCGUCAAAUUUGGUCAAUGCAAAUGAACCAGGUCAGCACUUUUCAAAUUCAUCUACCAAUCAGAUUAUGCCAGAUCAGCAGCAACAACGAGAAUCCCCAAACUUGCGACAGAGUCAGCAGCAGCAGCAGCAGUAUUCUGUCCUUAACAAUAACCAUCAGCAGCAACAAUACCAAACAAGUCCUAGUGGAUCAGGACACGUAAAAAUGGAGCCACGGGUGUCAAAUGAUCAAAACUCUCAACAGAUGCAAGCUUUGCGAAAUCUUGGUCAGGUCAAAAUGGAAUCGCAACAGGUUCAGACAAUGAAAAACUUACCGUCUAUAAAAAUCGAGCCCCAACAUUCUGACCCAUCAUUAUUUCUGCAUCAACAGCAACAACAGCAGCAGCAACAACAGUUGCUUCACAUGUCAAGGCAAUCGCCUCAGGCUUCAUCUGCACAAAUGAAUCUUUUACACCAACAGAGAUUCUUGCAGCUUCAACAGCAACAACAACUAUUAAAAAGUAUUCCUCAGCAACGUCCUUCAAUUCAAUCACAGUUUCAACAACAGCAUUUAGCAGUGAGAUCUUCUGCAAAACCAGUGUAUGAACCUGGAAUGUGUGCGAGACGGUUGACACAUUAUAUGUAUCAGCAACAACAUAGGCCUGAAGACAACAACAUUGAGUUUUGGAGAAAAUUUGUGGCCGAGUACUUUGCUCCUAAUGCUAGAAAGAAAUGGUGUGUUUCUUUAUAUGGUAAUGGACGUCAUACGACUGGAGUAUUUCCUCAGGAUGUAUGGCAUUGUGAGAUAUGCAACAAGAAGCCAGGCCGUGGUUUUGAGGCCACUGUGGAAGUUCUGCCCAGGCUUUUCAAAAUAAAAUAUGAAAGUGGUACAUUGGAGGAGCUCCUUUACGUUGAUAUGCCCCGAGAAUAUCAGAACUCUUCCGGUCAAAUUGUCUUGGACUAUGCAAAAGCCAUACAAGAAAGUGUUUUCGAGCAAUUGCGAGUGGUCCGUGAUGGCCAAUUACGAAUAGUCUUCUCUGCGGAUUUGAAGAUAUGCUCUUGGGAAUUCUGUGCAAGGCGUCAUGAAGAGCUUAUUCCUAGGAGAUUGCUGAUACCACAGGUUAAUCAGCUUGGUAAUGCAGCUCAGAAAUACCAAGCUUCGACUCAAAAUGUUUCAUCAAGUUUGUCUGUACCAGAAUUGCAGAACAAUUGUAACAUGUUUGUUGCUUCAGCUCGUCAGCUGGCAAAAGCUUUGGAAGUACCGUUAGUUAAUGAUUUAGGAUAUACAAAGAGAUAUGUUCGAUGUCUUCAGAUAUCGGAAGUGGUUAAUAGUAUGAAGGAUUUGAUCGAUUACAGCCGAGAAACUAGGACUGGACCUAUGGAGAGCUUGGCUAAAUUUCCUCGAAAGAUGUCUUCAACAUCUCGGUUUCAUAGUCAGCCCCAACAACCUGAUGAACUGAAAAAACAUAACCAGCAGCUGCAAACAGUGGUUCAAACUGCAUCAAACAACGAAACAUCUGCUAUGCAGAUUGCAUCCACUAAUGGCAUGAUGCCAAAUGUAAAUAACUCUAACUGCGUACCUCCAACUUCUUCCAAUAGUACCAUCGUUGGUCUGCUCCAUCAGAAUUCUAUGAAUUCUAGACACCAAAAUCCUCUUAUUACCAAUACCAAUGGUCACUAUGGUGGAGGAACUGGGGGAAUUCAAAUUCAGAUUCCAUCCCCUGGAUCCUCCAGUACAGUACCACAACCACAACCUUUCCAAUCACCAACGGCAUCCAUAUCUAACAAUGUCCCUCAAAGCUCACAUAACAGUGGCAUGGCUGCAUCCGGAGCGCAUUUGAAUUCUACCACUUCUCCUAAUGUUUCCAUGAGUGACGCCGAUGCUAGUGACUCUCAAAGCUCUGUUCAGAAAAUAAUACAGGAAAUGAUGAUGUCAUCCCAACUUGGCGGCGGCGGCGGUGGCGGUGGUGUCGGUGGUGUUGGAUCAGUUGGAUUUGAGAUGAAAAAUUCUAAUGAUUUAAUUCAGGAACGCAAUAAUUCAGGUCUUGUGGGAAAUGGCAUAAUGGGUGGUGGUGGACUUGGUCAAAUGGGUAUGGUCAAUGGAAUGCGAGGGGUAAUGGGUCAUAAUAAUUCUUUGAGUAUGAAUGGAAGGGUUGCAAUGCAGAUGUUGAAUCAUCACCAACAGCAGCAGGACUUGGGGAGCCAAUUGCUUAAUGGUCUUGGAUCUGUUAAUGGCUUCAAUAAUCUACCAUUUGACUGGAAACCUUCUCCUUAGAAGAUGUAACAUUAAUUGUUAAAUCCAAAGAGUAUUCUAUAGUGGCAGUGUCGUCGAGUUGUUUUGAAAAAUAUUGUGUGGACACAGCAAAGAAAAUGAAAAGGCGCCUCAUGAUUGGUUGGAAUUCAGAGAUGAUGAUGAUGAUAUAUAGGGACAUGAUGGGAUAACUGGAAGCAAAAUAAUGAUAAUGUUGGUGUCCUGCUUUGUACUAAUUUCAGAGGUGAAAAGAAAGAUAUAGCACGGCAGUUAGGUUACUUAUUCGUUUCUUUUUCUUCUCUUUCUUUUUUUGGCUUCUCAUUUUGUUUUGCAUUAAAAUGGGUUGCAUCUUUGCUCUGUUGCUUGGUUUGUUUGGAUACUCUCCAACGGCCAUAUUGAUGUCGACACAGCCGAAGGAAGCAUCAGCAGGUCAGAUGCCAUUGUUGCUGCUGCUCUAUACCUCUGUCCCUCUAUCUGCUAAAAGUGAGUGUAUAUAAUCAAUGGAAUGUUGUAGCAGUUUAAUGUAGCGUUUAGUGUUUUUUUUUUUCUUUUCUUUUGUUUUUAUGUUUAGCCUUAUUGCUUUAUGUUUGCUAGUGUCCCCAUGUAUGUUGGGUUUCUGUGUAUUGUGAUAAUAUUGUUUUUGCUUUAGAAUUUAUUAAUGAGUAUAACAUCAAAUCGUUGACAAA